AUGGCUGACAAAUAUCAAUACGAUUGGCGCCAGGAUAAGUCGUUAUUCCAGGCUCCAGUCACUACUUCCGAUAGUGCUCACUGGUAUGAUGUAGCACCAAACCUAACGGAUACCGCAAAGGAGAUCAGCACGGAACAUAGACUAGCCGACAUGAUGGGCCAGGAAAGAGAACAACAGACACGUUUACAAGCUGAUGAAGCAUUAUUGAAAAAAUUUGAACUCGAGAAGCAAGUCAGAGAACGCCGAAUCGACCACAUACAAACUGAAAUUGAUACGGAGAUAAGGAGUUUUAAUGAAAAAUCCGAUAAAGAUGUCGAGGAAUGGAUAAAAUCGCGCUAUGUUGAAGCCGAUGCGGCUGCAUCUAGAUAUGCUUCUAAAACUGAAAGUCAAGGAAUGCGAGAGAAAGAGAAUGCAAAAAUAGCAGAGUCAUCCUCUUCUGAAGUAGUGAAUGCUCCUUCUGCACCACCUUCAUAUUCUGAAAUUGAAUUCGAAAGUCUUGUUGCAAAAAGCCAUUAUCCAGUCGAAUUUCAGUCCCAUAAGUCAAUUGAGGGACAAUAUGCUGCUUCUAUACGGUUGCGCCCAUUAAAUCCUGACGCGGAUAAUCUUUGUUGGAAAUGUUACUCUCAGAUUGAAGACAAGGCUGCUUGCGAAGAUGCCGAAGGCAAUAUUUUGCACCAAGAUUGCUACUUUGACAUAAAAUUUCCCAAGUGCGAUUGGUGCUUUUACAAAAUAAGUCCUGCGGAAGAUAAGCCUUCGUUAUUUAGGCCCUCUGACUAUACGAUAAUGUACAAUGCGGAACUGUUAAAUAAGAUAAUAAAAAAAGCUAUGAUUACUUUUCAUCAGGACCGAAAAUUUCGGGAUUUUGGUGCAAAUUCGAAGGUAAAAGAUAUCAUCGAGAAUGCUAUGAGAAAUAUUCAGGUCCAAGGUCGGUGUACCGUUUGUUUCGAUGUCAUUAUUACAAGACCUACUCAGGAUUUCUGUGGCAAAUUUAUUCAAAACAAUGAUAAGUUGGCGCUACGCGUCGAUAUCAUUGCUGUUGAGUCGAAAAUAUAA